AUGAAAGACCAUGAUGCGUCUGCGGUAACGGCUCGGAGGGGCUCAAGGCCUGCUGAACCGUUCCUGCAGGUGAUAUGUCUGGGCUCUGGCGGCGGACCGAAUGAAGACAAUGUAACUGCAUUUCUUGUCCGUUCGACGGUAUCAGGAUGGGCGAAAGGCUCUAUACUGGCCGUUGACGCAGGAACCCACCUCGCAGCCAUAACCCGAAUAUUGCAGAAAGACUUUCCAUUGGUCUCAGAUCUAAAACGACCACCAAAGCAUUACUCACCCCACGGAAGCCCACGUAGCCCAGGCAAUGCAGGUGUUGCAGCUGGCGAUGAGCUCUCAGACGACACCUCCAGAGAGGUAUCGCCAGAGCCAAUUAUAACCACCCUUUCCGCAGGUCCUUUUGCCGGCCUUCCCUUUCCGCAUGCGUCUGCCCGUGCCAAUGCCGUGCACGUGGUCCGCGAGCAUGUCUCAACAUAUCUAAUUACACAUCCGCACCUCGACCACCUUUCAGGCUUCGCUAUAAACACCGCCGCUUUCCACAACACCUCGAGGCCGAAGCGUCUAGCCGCACUUUCCCACACCGUUAAUGCCAUCAAAACCCACAUCUUCAACGACGUCAUCUGGCCCAACUUGACUGAUGAGGGCGGCGGGGUCGGAUUCGUGACCUUUCAGCGGCUCAGCGAAGGCGGCAACGUCGCGCUCGGCGAGGGCCAUGGACGGGGCUACAUCGAAGUCUGCGACGACCUAAGCGUCAAAGCCUUCAGAGUGAGCCAUGGCCACUGUAUGAAAGGGCCAGGACAUGUGCACCGAGGAAGCAACGCGUACCUACCGGAGCCCGGAUCAGCUCAACCGCACGCACACGCACAUCCCCACGGGCACAACGGCGGCCCAGACGGACGCGAAGGCCGCUCGAUGUCCUUCUCGGCCAUCUCCCAGCCCGGCACGCCAGCCUUCCCUCCCGGAUCCGCGGGCGGCGGCGCACCCCCCGAAAAGGAGCAAUGCGUCAUCGACAGCACGGCCUACUUCAUCCGCACCGAAGUCGACAGCUACUCCUCGCACCCAACCUCGAAAGAAGUCCUCAUCUUCGGCGACGUGGAGCCAGACACGCUCUCCCUAUCGCCCAGGAACCACGUCGUCUGGGCGACCGCCGCGCCCAAGAUCGCCGCCGGCAUCCUUGCAGGCAUCUUCAUAGAGUGCAGCUACAACGACAGCCAGGGCGACGCCAUCCUCUUCGGCCACCUGGCACCUCGCCACCUGAUCCAGGAACUCCAGGUCCUGGCCGACAUGGUGCGGCACGCGAAGAAAGAGCUCGAGCGCGAAAAGGCCCAGCGGCACGAGAGCCGCAAGCGCAAGCGCGCGAGUCUGGGGCCAGGCGUGGGGAACGGUGCUGCGUCCAGCGCGGCGGAAGACGAGGGACUGCGGCGCAGCGCGCGGCCGCAGCGCGCAAGGACCGUGCUCAACCCCAUGGAGCACUUUGCGGACGGCGGUGGCGGCGGGCCAGCCGCAACGAUCGGCACAGCGCGCACGCCGGACGAGGAGCUCAUGCGCGACCCGAUGGACGCCGUGCACGCGCCGCGCCUGCCGAACCUGUCGACCCCGACGCCGCUGCGCACGACGACGUUUUCGCUGUCGGCGGAGCCGCAGGCGAAGAUGGAGAACCCGCUCAAGGGGCUCAAGGUUGUGAUUAUACACGUCAAGGAUACGUUCAUGGAUGGGCCGCUGGUCGGGGAGAGUAUCUUGGCGCAGUUGCUAGAGCACGAGGCGGAGGCUGCGGAGGAGGGGAAAGGGCUGGGUUGCGAGUUUGUGGUUUCGAAGAGUGGGGCGUCGUAUCUUUUCUGA